AUGGCUUCAAGACCGAGUUUGAGCAUGUUCACCCGCGGGCUCUCCAACCUGUCCCAGUCCUCGGACCCGAGCUCGCCCAACGUCAACUCCCCCGCCGAGCAGCGGGCCGACUCCAAGCUGGGCUUCCUCAAGGCGAUGCGCCCUCUGCCCACCCAGCACUACUGGAACGUCUACUUUGACAGACAACAAAAAGAGCAGAAGAAGACAGAUGAUGGCCAGGAGUACCAGGCGCAGCUCGAGCAGCUCGGCUCCCAGAUCGAGUCUGUCCAGGACUUCUGGCGCUAUGCCAACAACACCCCUGUCGACCAGAUCAAGAUGCGCGAGUCCCUCUACCUGUUCAAACAGGGCUUUAAGCCCAUAUGGGAGGACAGGCGCAACAUCCUCGGCGGCAGUUGGACCUUCCGUGUGGGCAAGAACAUCGGUCCCGAUUUCUGGACCCGCGUACAGCUGAUGGCCAUUGGCGAGCAGCUCCAGGCUGCUCUGGAAGAGGGUGACCAACUCUGCGGUGUCGGCCUCUCCGUCCGAUUCAACUCGCACCUCAUCACCAUCUGGCACCGCGACUCGUCAAAACAGAAGUCCAUCGACGGCAUCAUCGAUUGCGUGCUAACCGACAUGCCGGCGGAGUUGCGCCCCAAGGCGGACAACUACUUCUACAAGAGGCACUGCGACCACCCGGGCUUCAACCCACCUCCGGAGCUGAAGGUGGUGCUUGACUCCCACAACGCGCGGAUAGAAGCUGCCAAGGCGGCGGCUGAGAAGUAUAUCGCUGAGAAGACGGGCCAGUCGACCCCGUCAACAGCCACAGAAGACUCCAAGGAGUCGGCAGAGGACAGUGCCCCAGCGGUCGCAAUCUCUGGGGCUGCGGCUGCUGAGCCUAUGCAAGCAUGA